AUGUCGACGCUGGGGAAUAAUGAGAGUUUAAUAAAAUUCAAUGACAGCGAAAUCAUAGACGCUGAUGAAAUAUCUGUCCUAAGAAGACAAGUCAAUCUAUUAACAUCAGAAAAUGAAAGCUAUAAACAACAAAACCACUUGCUCCAGGGUAAGCUGUCAGCAAGUGCUACAGUGCAAAAUGAACUGCUUGAGAAUGUUGAAUCACUUGAAGAGUCAUUGAAAAAAAAAACUGAGUCUGUCGAGCAAAAAAUACGGUUAAUUGAAACAAAGCAUGGAGUUAAAGCUAAAGAGUUGAUGGAUCGUAUCACUGAACUAGAGAGUGAUUUAUUGAUGAAAACUGAUAAAAUAAAUUGUUUAGAAGCUAAAUUAAAUGAAGCUAAUGAUAAGUUAUUGCUUGCUGCUGAUUCCGUUUCUGUAAUAAAUGCAAGCAGAGUUGAUGAACCAGAUUCUGAUGAUAGAGUUAAAGAGUUAUUGCAAUUGUUAGCUGAUGAGAAGGAUAAAUCGUUUAAAUUGGAGCAAGCACUUGGGGAAUUAGAACAAAGAAUGUCUGAAAUGAGAGAAGUUUAUAAUGCUACUAAAGAGGAAUUGAAAGAAAAAUCAAAUGUACUAGAAGCUACAAGAGACGAAUUAGCUGAAUGUAGAAGUGAAUUAAUGUUAUCAAAAGCUACUCCAUCUGAUCAACAGUCUAAAGAAGCUAAAAAAGCUCUCAGUGUAAAAGAAGGAGAAAUAAAAGCGUUGAAAGCUGAAAAAGCGGCUCUUCUUACGACGAUUCAAGACGACAGAGACGAUCAAAUUCAGCAUAAUGCUAAUUUAAUAGAAAAAUAUAAAGAUAGAAUUUCAGAGCUGGAAGUUAAGUUGAAAGAUCAGCAAAAAAAACUCUGGCAAUUGGAGAAACAGAAGCAACCAGUUGGUGAUGAGUUUGUGUACUUCGACAACGAGCUAAGUGCCAAGAGAAAGGAAAUAGAAGAACUUUCAUCACAGCUUGAGGGUAAAUCAAUCAAAGCUUUGAUUGAAGAGGAAAUAAAGUGUAAAACAAAUGAGCAGUUGCGUUAUUGGCGACGCAAAGCUGUUACCAAGGAGGCACAAGUUGAAGCAAUUAAAUGUCGAUUAGAAACAGAUUCUUCGGUGAUUAAUCAUGAAUUAUUGAGACUAAUUCAACAGACUGGUAGGCCGGAUAAUAAUUUAUGUGAGGAAGAAGCUAAUUCAUCGGUAAAUGUUAAAGUAGUCGACUGUACGCUGAAUAACACUGCACGCGUUAUAGAAAUUCCGAAAUUACUUGGUAAAAUUAAACCAGCCAAGUCUGUUGAUGAAUCUUUGGUCAUUUUUGAAAAACCAAAACCGCUGGACAGUGAUUUGAUGGAUUUUGUGGAACCAGCUUCAGGCAAUGUUGAAGAAAUUGAGAAACCGAAUGAUUCUGUUUCUUUGUCGGAAAAAAAUCACGUAGAAAAAAAAGGGAUUUUAAAAUCUACAAAAGAUGUUUGGAAAACAACCUUUAGUUCAGCUUGUGAUGUCAGUAUGGGCAAAGAAAACAAGAGUUUAAGAUUUUCUGAUGACACUGCGGAUCCAGAGCCCAAAAAGCUGACUAAACAAAUUAGUAAUACUCCGAAAUACCGAAUUAUACACGCAUCAAGUAAAUCUAAGAAUGCUAAAUAA